AUGCCAAAGAGCAAGUAUCACGACCCUGACCUUGUUGCCGCCGAGCAAGAAGUCCUGAGCCAGCUUUAUCUCGGCUGGUUGCACUACUGGAACCACGAGUCUCGCGAGGACUUUCAUAACGGAAUGGAGGGCGCUCGCCGCUUCUAUGACUUUCCGGAAAUGCUGAGUUAUGAUAUGUUCGGCAAUACAAUCCGGGGGAGCUUUAAAGAGCACUUCGAGUCCAUAUUCCCCUACUGGAAUGACGGACAGAUGGAAUUUAAGGAUCUAGAGAUCACCGCCGUGUCGCGAGACUUUGCUUACUCGACUAUGAUCCAACACACCUGGGGAACGGCGGGAGGAACACCGUUUGACACUGCAUUUCGUCGGACAGGAAUUGCUCACCGCAGCCCGCAGGACGGGAAGUGGCGCUGGAUUCACGAGCAUCUAUCAUUUCCCGUGGAUAUGAAGACACAGAAGGGCGAUUUCACGGCCUCAUUGGAGCCCGGCAAGGGAUUCAAACUUCAAUGA